GAAUUAAAAAUGUAUUGAUAAACAAACAAUAUACAACCACGUUCAAGAUUAUUCACUUGCCCCAUGUACUAGAGCUCACUGUUUUAAUAAUUCUCACAACCUGAGAGAGAGAUAAGUCACCUGAAGUGAACAACAAUGGUGGAUUCAUCAGCACCACUGUUAACAACCCAUAUUGAAGACGAAGAUACUUCUCCUCCUUUGAGUUUCGACAAAAUCUUCGAACAAUGCUUGUCUAGUUUCAGCUUCCCACAGUUCUUACAGAUCAUUCUCGUCGGUCUUGCCUUAUCCUUUGACUCGCAACAAAUAUUCAUCACCGUCUUCACAGAUGCAUUCCCCACGUGGCACUGUCUCGACCACACGAUCUGCAACUCAACAACCACCGACAUCUGCAAACUUCCUCGGUCAGCCUGGGAAUGGGACGGUGGAUUCAAGGGUAAAUCCGUCAUUUCAGAGUUCGAACUCGAGUGCUCGAGCUCCUUCCUCAGAGGCCUCCCUACCUCUGCUUUCUUCAUGGGUUCUAUCGUUGGAGGCGUUUUCAUGGCUUUGGUACCAGACAGUUUCGUGGGACGCAAGAAACUCCUUUUCUUCACCACUCUUGCAACGUCACUCACUGGAAUCUCAAUCUUCUUCUCCUCCAACGUAUGGACUUACGCUUUCUUGAAAUUGGUAAUCGGAUUGGCUCGUUCACAAAUCGGGACGUACGCAAUCAAUCUGAUAAGCGAGAGAGUUUCAACUAAAUGGAGACCUAGAGCUACUAUGAUACCGUUUACUCUGUUUGUGUUAGGGUUCAUGUCUCUCUCCGGAAUAGCUUACCUUGUUAGACACGCUUCUUGGAGAGUUCUUUAUCUAUGCACAUCAGUUCCAGCAUUUAUCCACGGUGUUUUCAUCUACUUCUUCGCCCUAGAGUCUCCUCGUUGGCUUCACGUGCAAGGAAACAACGAAGAAGCCAUUCAAGUGCUCAAAAGACUUUCACCUACAAACAUAAUCUAUUUGGAAACAGUAUCUUCUAGGUUACAUUCAAAAGAACAACCACCAAGCAGCAGCUCAAUCAAGGACUUGUUCAUUAGAAAAUGGGCUUUUCGAAGAAUCGUGGUUGUGAUGAUCAUAAUGUUUGGGUUAGGGAUGAUGUACUACGGAGUUCCCUUAGCGGUUAGAGAUAUAAAAGUGAACGUAUACCUAAGUGAAGCACUUAACGCAAUGGUGGAGUUACCUACCUUUGUUAUCACACCAAUCUUGCUAGAGAAAUUCAACAGAAGAAGCUCUGUUCUUGUGAACUGCUUAGUGGGAGGAGCAUUAGGAGUGCUCUGUUUCGUCAUGACCUCUUUUGGUAGAACAAGUAUUGCUUUUGCACUCGAACUUGGAUCUUUCUUCUGCGCGAGGAUCGGGUUUAACUUGGUGUCUGUUUAUAUGAUUGAGAUGUUCCCUACAUGCGUGAGGAACUUCGCGACAACGAUGCUUAGACAAGCGCUUGUACUCGGAGGAGCUAGCUGUCCUAUCAUCGCUUCUGUUGGAAGAAAUGUACCAUCCAUCUCCUUUGCGGUUUUCGGGUUUGUAGUGUCGGGUCUCGGGUUUUUCGCUUUGCUUCUUCCUGAGACUAAAGGGUUAAGUCUUUGUGAUACAAUGGAAGCACAAGAGCAGAGGGACCAAGCCUUGAAGACUUAG